AGCUGAUAGAGGGAGCUGCGCUCUCCCAGGGUGGGAUUCGAACCCGGCAGCCUUCAGGUCCAGCAACCCAAUUUUCAAGUCACAAGGCUUUAACUCACUACGCCACGGAGGGCGCAGUGAAAGCCUUCGACAACGUAUAGAGAGAGUGUUUGUGAAGAGUGUGUCUGAGGAGAGAGUCGUGUUGUGAAAAGUGUGCGUAUGUAUGUGAAGAGAGCGUGUGUGUGUGGAGAGCGCGCCACAAUCCAAGCUUCGAGGGGUCCAGUCAGCUAGUCGACGGCUCCUGCGCCUCGUCCCCUUCAGCUCCAGGCUUCGGAGGCGUAGCGACUGAGGCGAAGAGGCGCAACUGUCAGCGGAGGAGGAGGAGGAGGAGGAGACAGACAUUCUUCCCUCCCUGCCUCUCUCGCUCCGUCCCUCCUUUCCAAGCGGCCUCCCUGGGCGCGCCCAUCGACGGACAGACAACCGGACGGAGAGGACCCCCUCCCCGCCUUCUUUCCCGCCUUCCUUCCUCUUUCCUUUUCCCCCGGGCGGCGACGUGGUAUGCGCGCCCUUCGCCUCCGCCGGGCGGGAUGGCCUCGGCCGUGUUUGAAGGCACUUCGCUGGUGAACAUGUUCGUGCGGGACUGCUGGGUGAACGGCAUCCGGCGCCUGAUCGUCAACCGGCGGGGCGACGAGGAGCAGUUCUUCGAGAUCCGCACCGAGUGGUCGGACCGCAACGUCCUCUACUUGCACCGCAGCUACGCCGACCUGGGCCGCCUCUUCAAGCGCCUCCUCGACUCCUUCCCCGAGGAUCGGGCCCAGCUCUCCCAGUCCCCGCUGCUCCAAGGACUUAUCACAAUCAAAGAAUCUCACGACAUAGAAGCCAGGCUUAAUGAAGUAGAGAAGCUUCUCAAGAAUAUUAUAAAUAUGCCUUGGAAGUAUUCUCGAUCUGAAGUUGUCCUCACCUUUUUUGAAAGAUCUCCUUUAGACCAAGUGUUGAAAAAUGACAACGUUCAUAAAAUUCAGCCAAGUUUUCAAAGUCCAGUUAAAAUAUCAGAAAUUAUGAGAUCAAAUGGAUUUUGUUUAGCCAACACUGAAACCAUAGUUAUUGAUCACAGUAUACCAAAUGGUAAAGAAAAACAUUUGGAUGUCGACGAAGCAGAUCAUUUGUUUGACACAGUUAGUGAAUUUACCUCGGAGCUUGAGGACAGUGAUGACCCAACAGCUUAUGUUACCAACCUGUCAUAUUACCACCUGGUUCCGUUUGAAACUGAUAUUUUGGACUAAGACUGUCUAGCAAGCUUGGUGGCUGACAUCAGGCAGAUGUCUUCCUUGGUGACAUUUGCCAUCCUAGAACUUUGCACUUGUCAUGCCCAGAUUCAAGGUAAUGCGAUGCAAGGCAGGAAAGGGCUAGCUACAAAUAUGCAUCCUGAAGCUGGAAUCGGUGCUUGGUUCUUCCCUGGGUAUCUGGAAAGAAUGCAGCUCAUUUCUGAUGGACAAAGGAACUUCUGUUAUUCCAGAAGGAAUGAAAUAAGGACAGCCCUCAGGGGGAUAUAUGUUGCAAAUAUGUAAGGACAUAACCUUAACAAAACUUUUGAUGAUUCGAAAAUCCGUGGCUCCAGUUCUUACUGAUGUACAGUGACAUUUGCAAAGACCAUCCACAUUUCUUCUUUCUCAAGUGCUCUGGGAUCUGUAAUGAUCUUUUGACACUUUUUUUUCAUUGAAAGGCCUUCUGUGUUCAGAAACCAGUGUUUUCCUCCAUUCCUCAGAGUGACAAUGUGUAACAGUUGUCACAAUGGUGCAUUUGCUGAGACAGACCCAGAGUAACCGAUGCCUUAUGUCAUACGUGCCUACAGGAAAUAAGCACAUACAUGGGAUUGCUUGAUUUAACUUAUUCUAAAGCAACGGGUUCAUUUAAUCAUCUAAGGGCCUGAAUUUUUCACUUGAAAUGAUAAUCAUGCUAAUGAAAGAAAGCAAAAAACAAACAAUAGAGGAAACAAACAACAUACAGCCUGGGAUGGUUGGGAUGGAAUAUUAAUUUUCAAAUAUUUUGUCUAAAUUUUGGUUAGCUUUUAAAAAAUGUCAUAAUUUCCUUUCCCACCCCUCAGUUAUGAAAUGUUGCAAUGUUUACACUAAAGGGGUAUCUAUUCAUAUUGAUUUUGUCUCAAGUGUAACUUGGAAAAAUUGCUUCUUUUGGACUACAACACCUAGAAUAUGGAUACUGGUUCUCUUGAGCAAUGGUUCUCAACCUGUGGGUCCUCAGGUGUUUUAGCUUAUGACUCCCAGAAAUCUCAUUCAGUUUACUAUCAGUUAGGAUUUCUGGGAGUUGAAGGCCAAAACAUCUGGGGACCCACAGGUUGAGAAUCACUGCUCUAGGGGCUAGAAUGUUGGACUUGUGUGUCAUAAGAAGACAGAUAUGUUUCCCACAUGCAUUUCUUCCAUGGUUGUAAUGUGGGAAUGAGAAAAAUGUGGUCUUCCAAGUGGUGUGGGGUCACAACUCCCAUCUAUCCUAACUAUUGUAACGAAUGGUGAGGGAUUGUGGGAACUGCAGUCAAAUGCCAUCUGGAAAUUCCCUCAUUCAUCUUUCCAUGCAUAGAUCCUCUGGAGGUUCAUAUCACUUAGUUUUACAACAUGAAGGUGCCAAUCUAUGUUUUAAAAAGCAAUUCUGCAUCUUACAAAUAGGCAGGAUCCUUGUAUUAGUAGAGAUUAUUUUCAACUGCAGCUGCAGCAUGUGCUUUCACCUUAUAAUGAAUGAAAAGUUUUUUAUAGCAGUAUGGCAUUAGCAUUAACAGGACUGACCCAAGAUUUUUUGUUGCCUGAAGCAGGGCAGUGUAUAAAUCCCUUCUCAGCGAAAAUUGAGGUGCAUAGUACCUAUAACCAGCCAAAUUGUUCUGGCAGAAGAGCCAGAAAUGUUUAAGAAGUGCCUCUUUCCAUCGCUGGCAGUAAAAUAAGAAACUAAAUAACCAAGAAAUUGCUGGGGGUUUUUUUUAUGACACCUAUAACAUGUUGCUCCAGGGCACAAUUAAACUGUGCCUGAAGAAACAGCCAGCCCUGAACAUUAAUGCAACAGUCCUGGAGAACAUGGAGAAUAUGUUCAUCUGCUAAAUUUGGAACAUGGCAGCAAUCCCUCCAUGGCCCAUGAUUCACACUUCUGAGUUGCACAGAAAUAGACUUUGAACAUGUCUAUAAGGACUGUGCAAAGCUAUAAUGUGCCACCGUGUUGCUCACGCUAGUUCUUAGUUUGCAUUGUAGAAUAGAUUAAAAAUGGGGCUGGUCCCAAAUAUUAUGCUGCCUGAGAUAGAUCAGCAAAUGCCCUCUUCCCCGUCAAGAUGCAUAGCUGUGAAAGCAAGCCAAAUUAUUAUUUUGUUACAUAAGGCUGAAAAUCUCACAGGCAGAUCUCACACAUCUCUAUCAGUAUAGGAAAACAAAGCAUGGAGUUAACAAUUUGCUCCUCUUUCCUUCUUAGGGUCGCUGUUUUGAAAACUGAAGGUGAAUCCUUAGCUUUAAUGGUUAUAUAGGAGAGGGAAUUUCAGAAGGUAUUGCUUGUGAUACAUGCAGGUAUUAAGCAAUACCUGCUGAAAUUCCCUCUUCUUCACAACCAUUAAAGAUACAGGAGCCCUUUCCUGUUUUUAUUCCAUCCAUUCUACAUGAAGCCACCCAAAAUCUGCUUCCCAAGAGAGCCACUUUGCCUAAAAGUAGGGCUGGCAAAAUGGAAUAAGUACAAUGUGCUUUAAGAGCUGCAAACCUGGGAGAAGCUUGAAUGUCAUGCCUCCUUUUGACCAUUCAUGCUGCAUUGAGAAGGAGAGACUAUGACAUGUUAGUAAGUGUGAAUAGCUAGGAAGAGCCCAGAAGGUCUUCUUUGCUUUUGAUAUCUGCAGCUCUUCAUCCUGGUCAUAGCGUAGGAGAAAAGGGUGAGUAGUUCUUGUGGGAAGUGGGAUAGAGGCCAGAUACCUAGACAUGAAGCAGAGAGGGAAACAUAGAUGGAGAAAGAGUAUAGUGGAUCCUUGGUAUCUGCUGUGGUUUGCUACCAGGACCACCUAUAGAUCCCAAACUCCAUAGAUGCUCAAGUCCCUAUACAACAGAAUAAUAGAAUGACAGCCCUUAUAUAAAAUAGCAUGAUCAGGAUUUAAUUUUAAAAAUAUUUUAAAGCCCUGGAUGCAGAAUCAGUGGUUAUGGAGGGAUGACUGUACUGGCUCUGCGGCUUUAAUAAUGUCUGAUAAAUAGUGUGACAUGAGCACUUUCUAGUAAUAGGAAGCAGUUGACAUAACUGUGAAAGUAGACUGUAAAGCUUUUGAGCUACUGAGUGGUUGGGUCUUGGCUCCAGCUCAUAGGAUAUUGGAGCACCUGUUUUCAGAGCUCACUCACCAUAGUUAUGACUGCAUUGUUAACUAAAAGCACAUUGACACUAUAGACCUCAGCCCCCUUGGGACUCUUGGAGACUGUAUUUCAGUUAGCAAGGUUAGGUGUCACAAACACAGAAUUUCAGCAUUCACAUCUAACUGAUCUUCCCUGGAAAGAAAGAAAAGGCAGGUAAACUGUUAGCAGUAUGGCUGCCUUACGGUGAGUGUAAUUGCCAAAACUGAUGCAUAGGAAUUGAAUACAUUCCAAACUACCUGUGGUUCCUCGGCCCCAAGAAUGGUACAUCUCUUUCUCCUGUGAACCUCAGUAUUCCUUUGUAUAAUAAUUCUUUAAAAAAUGCUAAUGUAAAUAGUAAUAAAUUAUUGAGAACCCUAAUUGUUUUACAUGAUAAGUUUCUCAUAUUUUAAUGAAAUAAAAUAUUACUCAUCAGUGUAA